AUGGCGGCACUACACAGUGACAGCGAGGAGGACCUGGUCAGCUAUGGGACGGGCCUGGAGCCUCUGGAAGAAGGUGUGGGGCCAGUUGGUCGGCAGGGUCUGUAGAAAACAGGCUGGGGGCCAGGAUUCAGGUGAAAGACCAAAGAAACCAGUUCCUCUUCAGGACCAAACUGUCAGAGAUGAAAAGGGAAGGUAUAAGCGAUUUCAUGGAGCCUUUAGUGGAGGUUUCUCUGCUGGGUACUUCAACACUGUUGGCUCAAAAGAAGGAUGGACACCCUCCACCUAUGUGUCUUCACGACAGAAUAGAGCAGAUAGAUCUGUUCUCAGUCCUGAAGAUUUUAUGGAUGAAGAGGAUCUUAGUGAAUUUGGGAUUGCACCUAAAGCAAUUGUCACCACAGAUGAUUUUGCUUCCAAAACCAAAGACAAAAUACAAGAAAAGGCCAGACAGUUGGCAGCUGCCACUGCCCCCAUCCCUGGAGCCACUCUGCUUGAUGACUUCAUAGCACCAGCAAAGUUAUCUGUGGGUUUUGAAUUGCUAAGAAAAAUGGGUUGGAAAGAAGGACAAGGAAUCGGUCCUCGAACAAAGAGAAGGCCACGGCGACAAAAACCGGAUCCUGGAGUAAAAAUCUAUGGCUGUGCAUUACCCCCUGGAGGCUCAGAAGAAUCAGAGGAUGAAGAUGACGACUACUUGCCAGAUAACGUGACCUUUGCCCCCAAAGAUGUCACCCCUGUGGAUUUCACUCCGAAGGAUAAUGUGCAUGGGCUGGAGUACAAGGGCCUGGAUCCCCACCAAGCACUGUUUGGAACUUCAGCCGAACAUUUUAAUCUUUUCAGUGGGGAACCCCAGGGGGCCAGCAGUCUUCUUGGAGAUGCUGGACUAAAUAAAGGAAGAAAACUGGGAAUUUCAGGCCAGGCUUUCGGUGUCGGUGCCCUGGAAGAGGAAGAUGACGAUAUUUAUGCCACAGAAACACUGUCCAAGUAUGACACCGUCCUGAAGGACGAGGAGCCUGGAGACGGACUGUACGGCUGGACCGCACCCAAGCAGUAUAGAAGUCAGAAAGAAUCAGAGAAAGAUCUUCGAUAUAUUGGCAAAAUUUUGGAUGGAUUUUCCUUGGCUUCUAAACCUUUAUCAUCUAAAAAAAUUUACCCACCACCCGAGCUGCCCAGGGACUAUCGGCCGGUCCAUUAUUUCCGACCUGUGGUCGCCGCCACCUCGGAGAACUCCCGUUUACUUCAGGUGUUAUCAGAGUCGGCUGGAAAGGCAGUGCACGACCCAACGACACACAGUAGGCACCAACUGAAUGCCUCCAAGCGGGGGGAAUUACUAGGAGAGAUGCCAGUCCAAGGUUCAGCAACUUCAGUGUUAGAGUUUCUGUCCCAAAAAGACAGAGAGAGGAUCAAGGAAAUGAAGCUGGCAACUGACCUGAAAGCCGCGCAGCUGCAGGCCAGGAGUCUGGCACAGAGCGCAGCAAACAGCAGAGCCAGGCCCUCCUCACCGGACCUCGGACACAGCCCUUGGCACGUGGCCCUGGGUGGCGCAACAGCCCCCACGAGAGCCAGCAACUUCAGACCUUUUGCUAAGGAUCCAGAGAAGCAAAAACGAUACGAAAAGUUCUUACUGCAUAUGAAAAAGGGACAGAAAGACGCUCUGGAGCGCUGUCUGGACCCCAGCAUGACCGAGUGGGAGCGAGGCCGAGAGCGGGAAGAGUUUGCGCGGGCUGCCCAGCUGUACACGGCUUCCCAUUCGACCCUGUCCUCCAGGUUCACUCACGCCAAAGAGGAAGACGACUCAGAGCAAGUAGAAGUCCCUCGAGACCAAGAGCUCGUGUCUUCCCAGAACGAUGUGACUGACAAGCAGUCCGCCGUGAAGAUGAAGAUGUUUGGGAAGCUCACCCGCGAUGUGUUUGAGUGGCACCCUGACAAGCUUCUGUGUAAGAGGUUCAAUGUCCCCGAUCCCUAUCCAGGUUCAACUUUAGUUGGGUUACCUAGAGUGAAACGGGACAAAUACUCAGUUUUCAACUUCCUGACUCUUCCGGAGACCACCCCACCGCCCACAGCACCAGCAUCCAGUGAAAAAGGCCCACAGCUCCGAGAGACAAGGAAACCAUCCAGAUGGGAUGCAGCUCAACAUGAAAAGAAGGAAGAUUCCAUUAGCGAGUUUUUAAGUCUGGCUAGAUCCAGAGCUGGUGCCCCUAAGCCAGAGCCCAGUCCCUCGGUGAACACCGAGGAAGGGCGCACACCACCAGAGUCACUUCCAAAUAAGACAGGGCACAGUGGUGCAGCCCCACAGACCGAGGGGGAAGGCAGCCGCCCGUCCAUGGACUUGUUCAAGGCCAUCUUUGCCAGCUCCUCGGAGUCCUCGUCUGAGGAGGAAGAGCAAGACAACAGUGAGGACGAGCAGGCGGGCCCGGAGGAGGCCGGCUUCGGGGGCACACAGGACAGCGACACCCGGGAAGCUGUGUCUGUGGCCCACGCUCCUGCACCAGCACCUCCUGAGCCCGCCCCGGUACCUCCCUUCCCGAUACAGAAGAUGCAGCUGGAUGAACGGGAAGAGUUUGGCCCGAGGCUGCCACCCGUCUUCUGCCCCAAUGUGCGUCGGAAACCUGAGACACCUCAAAAAGAGAAAUGUAAAAAGAACAAAGAAAAACACAAGAGCAAGAAAGAGCACAAACGAAAGAAGGACAAGAAAAAGAAACACAAAAAGCACAAACAUAAAAGCAAACAGAAGACUAAAAAAUCUGAGAAAAGCAGCAGUUCUGAGAGUACCGACAGCCAUGACAGUGAGAGUGAUGGAGCAGGGACCCCCGACCUGUCCCCUGAGGAGCUGCUUCGACGGCUGAAGUGUCUCCCGCUACCCCAGCAGUGAUGCAGCCUCGCCCUGGGGGAGGAGCUCACCCAUCAUUCCGUGAACCCGUUGUACAAAUUGUAUUUAUAUGUAAAUUGCUGUUGUAAAAUACUUUUUAAAACCUUGACAUUUGAAACACUGCAGAAAUCGACUUCUAUUUUUAAUUACAGUUAGUGUCAGAAGGAAGACCUCCGACUGAAGAGCUUAAUUAAAGUGGUGUUUUGUUUUC